CAAACGCGCUGCAACGGUUUCUCCUCCCAGAAGUAGACAGCGAUACAAGCUCAAACACAAGCAGAAGAUCAAGCUCAUCAUCUACAUAGCUUCAUCGAAGCAUCAUUACCCAAAUCGAACUCCUUGACUAUCAGCGGAGGCACCGACAACAAAUGGCCCCCGCACUAAAGGCGGGGCACUUCCAGACUCACGAGUCCCCCGCAUCCGGCACCAUCAUCAUCCGCGACUCUCUCUAUGGCGACCACUCCAUUACCGAGCCCAUCCUGGUCGACCUGCUUCAAUCUUCCGAUCUCCGUCGACUGAUUGGAAUCUGUCAACAUGGUGUAACGGGACACCUCGGCCUUCUACCCAAACAAGUCAAGAUCACGCGCUUCGAGCAUUCCGUCGGGGCAUUCCUGCUCGUCCGCAUUGCCGGGGGAAGCGUCGAAGAACAGGUAACCGCUCUUUUGCACGACAUCAGCCACACAGUGCUCAGCCAUGUGGUAGACUGGGCGCUUUCAAAACCAGGCGAGGAGAGUUACCACGAAGUCCAUAAAGCACGGUAUAUUCGUACGACGCAGAUUCCCAAGAUCCUGACCAAGCAUGGCGUUCCGCAGACUGUCUUGGAUGAAGAGCAGUACCCGCUUGUCGAAAUGGCGGCACCACAUCUCUGCGCAGACCGACUGGAUUACGCCCUGCGGGAUAUAAUUGCGUUUGGGAUACUCCAGCUGAGUGAUGCGCACCGGGUUGUCGCAAGCUUGAAAGCGUUCCCUGAUGCAGUUUCUCCGAAUCGGAUGCUUGUGCUCGGGGAUCAGAAGGCGGCCCUAGACCUUGCGAGGGCGUAUCUGGUUGCGGACCGGGAGGUUUGGUCUAACCCUACGCAUGUUGAGAUGUAUAGAGGGACUGGACAGCUGAUUGGGAAUCUUGUACACGAAGAACGGAUCCACGAGAAGGUGCUGUGGAGCACGACGGAUGAUCAGUUCUGGCAGUUAUUGAAGGAUAUUGCGGAUCCGGAGGAAUCGGAGAUGCUAGAGAGGUUUGAGACUGAAGGACUGGUGGAGGAGGAUGGCUUGCGCCUACACAAAAAUGCCAAGGUUCGUACUAUUGACCCCGAUGUUUAUGUUUCUGGCACACAAGCAGUUGCGCUGUCGGUGGUGGAUCCGGACUGGGCUGCUGAGCGUGAGAGAUAUAUCCGGGGAAGAGAGGCCACACGGGAAGUGUGAUUGUAACAUUACAACUGGUUUAAUAAGGAUAAGUAGAUGAGAAUGAAUUUGCUAUGAACGAG